ACCCAGCAACGUCGUUUAAUGUUUAGGAUGCGCCAAAGCUGCGAGGUUGUUCGAAUGUGGUCCUCCGAGCGCGUUCGUAAAGGUUUGUCGUGUUUGAAUCUGAAACUCCGCGUUACUGCACUGAAAAACGAGGACUUGUCUUGCGGUUGUUGUUGCACCGUCGCUUGAAACGAAAAACAAAACAAAAAAACAAAAACCCAUCUCCGCCUGAGUCACGCGCCAGGCGGAGUCGCGAACCUACACGGCUCCUCGAGGCCUCGGAGCAGACGCGACUGCAUGACGGAUACGUUGGAAAAGCGUAUGGUCGAAAUGUCCUGCCCUCACCAAAGUGCACCAGUCGAGAUGGACGAGUCAAUGACAUCAUCAUCUCUGAACUUGGCGUGGCCGGCGUGUCGGCAGUGCACAACGCACGCUGAUGAUGUCAGAGGAGACUGGCGCACCCCAGAGGCCACUGUUGACGACGUGGCACAAGUGGAAUACUUGAGGGGUGGUCCACUGAGGUCAAAGGGUACUGAGCCUAAAGCCACGCACCCCCCCCAGGGCCCUCUAGCAGGUGGACUGCGCUUGCAUCACUUGCACCUCCCUGACCAUCACUCUGACCGCUUCAGAUGGCGCCCCCUUCAGGACGACAUGUGUAAAGACCUAUCAGCGAUGUUCCCCCAAGACUGGUGUGAUGAGCCUGUGUAUGUGUGGAACCCCCCCAGCGAGAGUGAUGAGAGCCUGGAGCAACCCCUCCCUCUCUGCUCAGAUGUGAACGAGCGCAUGUGGGGUCGGGCCCCCCUAUGGCCCCCGGGGCCUGGCCCCCACCCAGCUGACAGGCACGCUCUCCAGGCAGGACUCAUGCAGUGCCCCAGACUGUGUCCAUGUCAACACCCUCCUGUACCUCAGACCCACCACCUGCCUAGACAACACACACCAGAAUACCAGCAGAACACACAAGCCAGGCAAUCACCCCCUAACCCAGUAGUUCACAUGGCGAUGCCUCAGGUUACAGUGCCACCAUGCCAACCCCCUGUGAGGGAGCUCAUGUCAAAGAUAUGUCUCCCCCCAACGCAGCCAAUCAGCACAAGCCACGGUCAUAUCCAGGAAAUGAAACGGACCAUCAGUCUCCCGGAUGACUGCCGCACAGUUUUCAUCACCUACUCGGUGGACCUAGCUCAGGAGAUGAUCCCAUUCGUGAAGUUUCUGAUCACCAAUGGCUUCAGGCCUGCUAUUGAUAUUUUUGAUCAUGCAGUCCAGCAGAUGGACAUGAACAGAUGGAUGGACAGCUACUUAAAAAACAAGUCAGUACUGAUCAUUGUGGCUAUCAGUCCAAAGUACAAAUUCGACGUGGAAGGAGAUGGUUCGGACCAACACGGCCUGCACACAAAGUACAUCCACACUCAGAUCCAGAAUGAGUUUAUCCAGCAGCGCUGUCUGAAUUUCCGACUCAUCCCGGUGAUGUUCCCAAAUGCUAAUCAGACUCAUGUCCCUAUGUGGCUACAGAGUACCCGUUUGUUUCGCUGGCCUCAGGACGCUCAGGAUCUCCUGCUGAGAUUACUGAGAGAGGAGAGAUACAUCCCCCCGCCACUGGGCAAAGAGCUGACCCUCAUCAUCAAACCCCUGUAAAACACACACAUACAUUACUGAGAGAGGAGAGAUACAGCCCCCCGCUACUGGGCAAAGAGCUGACCCUCAUCAUCAAACCCCUAGAGAACACACACACACACACACACAUUACUGAGAGAGGAGAGAUACAUCCUCUUGCCGCUGUGCAAAGAGCUGACCCUCAUCAUCAAACCCCUGUAGAUCUCUCACACACACACACACACACUCAGUACCAUGAACAGAUGACAGGAAAUUACUUAUAAUCCAGUUUAGGUUUUUACACAGUGGGGCCAUUCUCUGAGAAGCAGUCAGCUCUUUAUGCUCAGAGUAGCACCAGCCAUACAGCACACCUCACAGUGUUUACUAUACACUUCAUAAACACCUCACGGUGUUUACUACACACUGUGUUAAUGCUUUAUAAACACCUCAGUGUUUACUACACACUUCAUUAACACCUUGCGAUGUUCCCUACACACUGUUGAUGCUUCAUUAACAACUCACGGUGUUUACUACACACUGUGGUAAUGCUUCAUAAACACUUCUUGGUGUCUACUACACACUGAUAAUGAUUUACAAACACCUCACAGUGUUUACUACACACUGCAUUAAUGCCUUAUAAUUACAAUGUCUACUACACACUUAAUGCUUCAUAAACACCUCUUGGUGUUUACUACAUGCUGUGUUAAUGCUUUAUAAACAACUCACUGUGUUUACUACACACUUCAUAAACACCUCACAGUGUCUUCUACACAAUUCAUGCUUCAUGAACACCUCACUGUUCACUACACACAACAUUAAUACUUCAUAAACACUUCACUGUGUCUACUACACACUGUGUUAAUGCUUCAUAAACACCUCACAGUGUCUACUACACACUGUGUUAAUGCUUUAUAAACUCCUCUGGUUAGUGUCUACUACACAGUGUGUUACAGGUUUAGAAAUUCUACAUGGUGUAUAAUAAAUGUUGUAUUAAUGCUUUAUAUACACAGCAUGUAAACACUCACAUAUGGUACCAAAGUCACACAAGUUGUUUAUAGUUGUGCAUUAUAAAUAAAUCAUAUUAAAAUUGUAUAGCAUGCCA